AAAAUUAAAACGAAUGCUGACCGGAGAGUGAAGAGCGCAGAGUUUCAGAAUGAAGUCCAUACCGGAGGAUUUAUCCACACUCGUCUCAGAUUUGGAAGCAUUUCUGACCGAGGUUCUGAAAGGGGAAAAUCUAAGCAAGAGGGCAAAGGAAAAAAGAGAUGCAUUUCUAAAGAGGAUAAAGGAAGUCAAAGCAUGUUACCCUCAGGAUUUCAAGGAAAAACGAGAUGAAGAGUGGGAUGAUUUGGAGGAAGCCGACAGCAACAAUGAUGGCAGUUCGCUGCACUCUGAGCGCACCGAUAGGGAUGAGGAGCCAGCAUAUGAUGGAAUUCAGCAGGCCCCUCCAGUAGCAGCUCAAGAUCUUCAAGCUGUGUUUAAGAGCGGUUAUCUGGAAAAACGAAGAAAAGAUCACAGCUUCUUUGGCACAGAGUGGCAAAAGAGAUGGUGUGCUCUGAGCAACCACACGUUCUAUUAUUAUGGCAGUGAGAAAGAUAAACAGCAGAAGGGCGAAUUUAAUAUCGGUGGUUACUCUGUCAAAAUGAACAGCACUUUGCGCAAAGAUUCCAAGAAAGACUGCUGCUUUGAAAUAUCUGCUCCUGACAAACGUGUUUACCAGUUCUGUGCCUCCUCACAGAAAGAGGCAGAGGAAUGGGUAGAGCAAAUUUGCUUUGUGAUAAAAGACAUGGAAGGCAUCAUUCCUUUGGAGGAGGAGCAAGACACCUAUGAUGACUGCUUACCUUUGAGUUCAGCAUCCAUGCCUGAACCCAUUGAUGACGAUAUCUAUGAGGAGCUUCCUGAGGAUGAGAUGCCUCAACCUAUUAAACCAGCACCAGAGCCAGUCAGCAAACCCCCUGUAGCACUUCCAGUGACAGCUCUAAAUAAAAGCACAGACUACCAGAACUACUUCCAGAGUUUGUGGGACUGCACUGGAGACCAACCUGAUGAACUGACCUUCAAGAGAGGAGACACCAUCUACAUACUCAGCAAGGAGUACGACACUUUUGGCUGGUGGGUUGGAGAGAUGAGAGGUGUCAUUGGCAUUGUGCCUAAAAGCUACUUGACAGAGCUUUACAUUCUCUAAACGCCUUAAAGAUGCUGGAUUAUCACUGUUUCUACCCAGUGCAAAGUGUACCACAGCCAGUCAAAUAUGUCUAUGUGAAAAAUGUUUGCUUAAAAUUGUUGCUCUUUAAGUUAAUUAAAUGUAUUGUAUUAAAAAGGGAAAAGAGACAAAUUAAUGUUCAAUGUUUGUUGAAAAUUAAGCUUAAGUUAUGCUAUAAAAAGUGUUAUCAAGUAAUGAGUUGUAAAAAUAAAGCUUGUGAAAUAUGAAAACUAAUUUUUUUUUUUCUUUGAUCCAUUUAUUUGAUUACAGUUAUUUGUGAUCAAAUCUCCAAGCAGUGAAGGAUUCAAGUUGCAGCCACCAGGUGGCAGGAGUGUCUCAGUGAGGUUGUCUAUUUCUAAUGCACUAAAUCACAUUUUAUCAAAACCAUCUUACUAUUCCCCAGUAGUGUUUUCAAUAUGUACUAACAUCAACACACUAAAAGAAAGGAUUUGACCUUUUUAUGCUCAAACAUACAAACAAAUCAAAAAGCAGUUAUUUAGCUGUGGGAUUGAUUGUCUCAUGUUUGGCAUAUUGGAUUGUAUCUUCAUGGUUCAUGUACACUACUGCACUGACAUCCACAGAAUGUCUGCGCACUGAAGUGAAAAACUUAAUUAAAAACAUGAGUCAGACCAUUACCUACUCAGAAUGCUCCCGAAUGAGUUGUUUAUAUUAGCAUAUUAACUCAUUCAGCCAGGCUGCACACAAUAAAUAGUGAAGAUAUUUUUUAAUUCACUGAUUACACAAUGCUGCAAAGUGUACUAAUGCAGACUCAUUGUGCCAGCCCUAUGUAACCAGCAUAGCAAUGAUCCCACCAUGACUACUGCAGUCUGUAAUUCAGCAACAGUACGUAAACAAGUUGCUCUCUGUAGAAAUAUCCAUUUGAGUCUUAUUUUCUAACUUUAAAUGUGCACCUUUGCGGCCUAGUCCAGAUGCUGUUGACAUGGGGUGUCCCAGUUUUUCAUUCAGAUGAUGGCUGGAUGAUUCUUAAACUUCACCAGUUGCUUAUAAAAUUCAUCAAGCAUGAUUUUGUAACUU